GCCUCGGCGCGCCGCGGCCGCGGGCGCCACGGCGAGCCGGCAGGAGGCUCGAGACUGGAGCAGGGCGGCGUCGACCGCGGCAAGCUCGGCAGCGACCGAGCGACCGGCAGGGGCCGGGAAAGGCGGCCGCAGGCGCGGCAAGCGGAGUGAGGCGGCGAUUGAGACCAGGCGCAGGGUACUCCAGUACAAGCACGACCUGAGGGAGACGGGCAACAAGCUCAGUGACCUCGCGCACAUCGAGGACCAUCCUUCGGAGAACUCAUCAGACGUCGUCGAGAGAGCGCAGAAGGAAGUCCUCGGCAGGAUCACGGACCUCGAGCGUACGAGGCAGGAGAUAGCAGAGAGCCGGGUUCGGCAGCAGUUCGAACUGCUGAGGCAGGAGUUCGCGGCUCAAAUAAGCCAGGCCGCCGACGAGAUGAGGAGGCUGGAGAACGAGAAUCAGCGGCUUCAGCAGCAGGUGGCAGGAGGCCUCGCGGCAAUCCCGCAGGCGAUCGAGCGGAUGGGCGAGCAGAUCCGGGGCGCGUCGAGUAUGGGCACAGUCGCUCACGGUCUCGUCGACACGAAGGGGAUCGGCAAGCCCACGACGAUGGGCGACGAUCAAGAGAAGUUCGGCGCUUGGAAUCGCAAGAUGGAGAACUACGUGAUCGGCGUGUACGGAGAGAGUUUUCGUCCCGUUCUUCGGUGGGCUGCAGAAGCCGAACGCCCCGUGGCGAUCGCGGGAGCUCAGGCGGCGCACGACGGAGUGCCAGAGCUGGAGACAAAGGUCAACCAGCUGUACGCGGCGCUGCUCAGCACGACGGCGGACGGGAGCGAGAGCAACGACCUCGUGACGGGCGCUCCCGAUGGGAACGGUCUCGAAGCCUGGCGGAAGCUUCACCGCAGGUGGGAUCCGACGACAGGUCCGAGGAAGAGGCUGAUCCUGAGGUCGAUCAUCUCGCCUCCGAAGUGCAGCGCGGACGAGCUGGGAUCCGCCUUAGAGAAGUGGAUCCAGCAGAUAGGCAGGUACGAACGCCGCCAAGGAGAAGAUGGUCUAGCCGAGCUGCCGGAGGAUAUCAAGAUGGCGGCUCUCGAGAUGCUCGUGCCUCAGGACAUCGAGAACCACCUCGUCCUCAACAAGCAUCGGCUCGAAACGUUCCAGGACAGUCUGAACGAGGUGAUGACGAUCGUGGAGGCUCGGACCGGCGUGAAGAUCAAGGAGCCAUCGAUCCGUGCGCGGGCGCAUCAUCCGGACGACAUGGACGUCGGGUCGUUCGGAGCCCCGAAGGGCAAAGGCAAAGGCAAGGGCAAGGACGGCAAGAGCAAAGGGAAAGGCAAGACUCAGGAGCCGAAGGGGAAGAGCAAAUCGACGAACGGAUCAUACUCAGGCCCCCGCACAUCCCCGACGGGUUCGGGCCGUGGUUUAGGGCACACGGCACCUCGAUCCACCAGCGGGCGCUUCGACGGCUACUGUCGGAACUGCGAGAGAUGGGGCCACAAGGCAUCCGACUGCUGGAAGAAAGAGCAGGGAUCGAGUUCGAGGGCUGGAACUGGAUCCGCAACGGGGGCAAGCGCUGGUGGUAAAGCCGGUAGCCGCGGCGGCAAGGCCGGCGGCAAGGCUGCAGGCAGCCUGGAGGAGGAGCCUGAAGCGGAGGUCGCCGCUCUGGACAUGGGCAGCCUGGACUGCCUGGAGCUCGCCAGCGGCAGCGGCCGCGGCGUAGCGGCGGUCGAUCUCUCUCCCUUCGCGCAGGACGACUGGAUGAAGUUCAACUGGGACAGCGGUGCAGCUAUCUCAGCAUUCCCUCGGAGCUUCGCGCCGCCGACGGGAAUGAAGGGCAACGGCAGCACGUGUCGUACGGCCAGUGGUGAGCUCGUCCCGGACGAGGGCAGCUUGCAGCUCAAGGCGGAGGACGAGUACGGAGUGCUACGAGCGCUCAAGGGACGCGUGACGAACGUGCACAAGCCGUUGAUCUCGGUGGGGCAGGCAGCAGGAGCUGGACAGUGUUCAUUCCUGGGCCGCAAUGGCGGCUGGAUAUUCCACGAGAAGAGCCCAAUCGGCAAGCGCGUGGUAGGCAUGCUCGAGAAGGAGGCGAAGGCGGCGAAGCACCAGAUGCUGCCGGUCUAUCGCGAGCAGGGCGUCUACAACUUCUACCUCAAGAAGGGCCAACAUGGCUCGGUUGCUCCUCUCGAGGAGGGACUUUCGGCGAAGUCGAAGUCCGAGCUGGUGGAGCUCCUCAACGGCAAGUCGAAGGAGGAGCUGCUGGAGAUCCUCGAGAAGACAGUCCCCAGGAGGCAGCCCUCGGCGUAA